GGCCUCGGGAGCAUUUGCUGCUGGGAAGGCGCCCAGGGAGCGCGGGGCACCCCUCAAAGAGAAGACAGCCCCCAGAGAUUCCGGGCCCGGAAAAUGAUCGGACCCGCGCCUAGCCUGGCAGGAAGACUGUAACCGUGGGAAUUCAGCUACCUACCCAGGCAAUAUGAAGAUUUUCUUUGUAGAACCUGCCAUUUGCCUUAGUGCAUUUGCUAUGACUUUGACUACUCCACUGACAACACAGUAUGUGUAUAGGAGAAUAUGGGAAGAAACGAGCAACUAUAGUUUUAUAUCUGAUAGCAAUUCUUCUGAAUGUGGAAAAAACAAAAGCAGCCCCAUUUUUGCAUUCCAGGAGGAAGUUCAGAAGAAAGUGUCUCUUUUCAAUCUGCAGAUGGACAUAAGUGGGUUAAUUCCUGGUCUGGUGUCUACAUUCAUACUUCUGUCUGAUAGUGAUUAUCGAGGACGAAAAUUCCCUUUAAUCUUGUCUUCUGUUGGUGCUCUUGCAACCAGUGUUUGGCUCUGUUUGCUUUCCUAUUUUGCUUUUCCAUUCCAGCUUUUGAUUGCAUCUACCUUCAUUGGUGCAUUUUUUGGCAAUUACACCACAUUUUUAGGAGGCUGUUUUGCCUACAUAGUUGAUCAAUGUACAGAACAGAAACAAAGAACAAUUAGAAUAGCUAUAAUCGACUUCAUACUUGGAUUUGUCACUGGAUUAACAGGACUGUCUUCUGGCUAUUUUAUCAGAGAAUUAGGUUUCAUGUGGUCCUUUUUAAUUAUUGCUAUGGCUCAUGCUCUUAACUUGAUUUAUAUUUCAUUUUUUCUUGGUGAUUCAGUGAAAGAAUCUUCAUUUCAGAAUGUUUCCAUGUCAUGUAGUGAAGGCUUUAAAAACCUAUUUUACCGAACUUCCAUGCUUUUUAAAAAUGCUUCUGGUACGCGACGGUAUUUUCUCUGUUUGUUACUUUUUACAAUAAUCACUUACUUUUUUGUGAUAAUUGGCGUUUCCCCCAUCUUAAUCCUUUAUGAAUUGGAUUCACCACUCUGCUGGAAUGAAGUUUUUAUAGGUUAUGGAUCAGCUCUGGGUAGCGUCACUUUUUUUAGUAGUUUCCUAGGAAUAUGGCUUUUUUCUUACUGUAUGGAAGACAUUCACAUGGCCUUCAUUGGAAUCUUUACCACCAUGGCAGGAAUGGUUAUGACUGCUUUUACGAAAACAACACUGAUGAUGUUUUUAGUCAGGCUGCCGUUCCUUUUCACUAUUGUGCCACUCUCUGUUCUACGCUCCAUGGUAUCAAAAGUGGUUCGUUCUACUGAACAAGGCACCCUAUUUGCUUGCAUUGCUUUCUUGGAAACACUUGGCGGAGUCGCUGCAGUUUCUACUUUUAAUGGAAUUUAUUCAGCCACUGUUGCUUGGUACCCAGGCUUCACCUUUUUACUGUCUGCAGUUCUAUUGCUAAUUCCGGCCAUCAGUCUAUGUGUGGUCAAGUGCACCAGCUGGAAUGAAGGAAGCUAUGUACUUCUUACACAAGAGGAAUCCAGUGAAGACACUUCGGAUAGAUGAUUAAUUGUGAUUUAAAAAAAAAAAACUGAAAGCACACACCAUAUAUUCUGACUUCUGAGGAAUGUAAACUAGUUCCAUAAUCAAUAUUUCAUGAAUAAUCAAUGCUACAUGUCCUUUCUUCUAAACUGAACAGUGAGAGAACUAGCUCCUGGCUCUAGCUUCUUACAGUAUCAUGCACUUUGAGCACUUUAUGAACAUCAUGUGAUAGAUUUUCAUAGAUAGAAGAACAAAUCUCAAAACAUUUCCCACUUUUGGAUUUAGGAAAGAAACUGAAACUUUACAGUAUAAAGAGGGAUUUAAGAAACUUGACACAAUCAAAAGCAAUAAUCUCCUGACAUACUCCAGUCUCACACUGAGACCAAGGAAGGAGAACUAACUCUGUACCUCAGUUUCUUCAUCUGCAAAAUGCGUUUCUGACCUCUUGAAGAUUUUGAAGGCCUAACUGUUCAAAAUUAUGAUGAAUUAUUCACUGAUAGGAAAAUAAUGAUAGAAGUUUCAAAGAUUUCUAGUACAAUCGUACCUCUGCUUGGAUAAUGCUUUGUUUUAAUAGAGCCCAUCAAGGUGCUAUUGACAGUGAAAGGUUUUUAACAGAUGCAAAAACCUGAAAAUGGAAUCACUUUUAAUGAUACAUAUUUUUUUUUAAGAUUUUUAAAUUUAUUUAUUCGACAGAGAUAGAGACAGCCAGCGAGAGAGGGAACACAAGCAGGAGGAGUGGGAGAGGAAGAAGCAGGCUCCCAGCAGAGGAGCCUGACGUGGGGCUCGACCCCACAACGCUGGGAUCACGCCCCAAGCCAAAGGCAGACGCUCAACCGCUGUGCCACCCAGGCAUCCCUAAUGAUACAUAUUUUUACUUUUCCUAAUAUGUUUCAUCAGUGACAGGCAUGAUAACAGAUAGGUAACACAGGGGCAAUUGGAAAAAAAUAUCAUAAAAAAUUAUUUAUAAAGAAAUGUAAAAACCGAGUGAGCAGCCAAUCAGGAAGUAAUAUUUUAGAGCCAAUAUUCAUUCCUUAUUUUUAUCAAGGGACAGCCAUUUCUUACUGCCUUAAACUCAUCCUGAGACCCACCUGGUCCCUGAAAACACAUUCUUUCAUGCCUCCUGUCUUUCUAUACACUGUUCCAUUUGCCCUUUCUUCCUCAGGACAAUGAAACUUUAGUGUCUCAACCAAAACACUGCUUCCUCUGCAUAGCCUUCUUGACAUUUUUUCCCUACUCCUAUAUUCCCCCCCACCCUGCAGGGUGCCCACAGCACCUUCUGUACACUUAUGUCCUAGCAUUUUCUACUGUCUCAUAAUGUUUGUUUUCCCUACUUGACAAUGAGCACCUUGAGGACAGGGACAAUCUUUGAUUCCUCAUUUUAUCCUCAAUAAAUGUUUGUUGAACUAAAUAUAAAA